UUUCUUUUUUCUGGAAAUAAAAGCUCUUUUCCACUCUUCUUCCUCUGCCUUUUGGUUGUUUGUGGGAAUUUAGCUGGUGAGAAUGUCGGGGUCGCAGUGCUGUGAGAACCCGCCAACACUGAGUCCGAGCAGCGGCGGCGGCUCCGUCACCGAAAUCGGAGGCCUCAAGGCCUACGUCUGCGGCCCCCCGGACUCCAAGCUUGCCGUCCUCCUCAUCUCCGAUAUCUAUGGAUACGAAGCCCCGUUGCUGAGGAAGCUCGCCGACAAAGUUGCAGCUGCAGGGUUCCAUGUCGUGGUUCCGGAUUUUUUUCAUGGAGACCCUUAUGUACCUGAAAACUCCGAGAGACCUCUUCCAGUGUGGAUAAGAUAUCAUGGAACGGAUAAAGGGUUCGAAGAGGCGAAGCCUGUAAUUGCUGCUCUCAAGAGUAAAGGAAUAACAGCGCUCGGAGCAGCAGGAUUUUGCUGGGGAGCUAAGGUGGUUGUGGAAUUAGCCAAGUCCGACUUUAUUCAAUCUGCCGUGCUCUUGCAUCCAUCACUUGUCACCGUUGACGAUAUUAAAGAAGUGAAAGCCCCCAUUGCAAUCUUGGGAGCAGAGUUCGACCACAUGACCCCACCCGAGCUCAUCAAGCAGUUCAGGGAGGUUUUAUUGUCCAAACCCGAGCAGCUGAAUUGUUUUGUCAAAUUAUUCCCUGGCGUUUCUCAUGGAUGGACGGUGAGGUACGAUGAGGGUGAUGAGAAGGCUGUGAAGAAUGCAGAAGAAGCGCACGCGGACAUGUUGGACUGGUUCCUUCAGUGCCUUUAGUGAAAACCUAACUCAGAUCUCCGGCUUUCGAGGUCUUCGCAUUUGCAUGUGGGUUUAUAUGUCUUGAAGGGUCUUAUAGCUACGAUUAACGUCUUCAAGGAAAACUAUACCGAGAAUGCAGGAUUUUGCUCUAUCAAUGUCGGGAAAGGGGAACUGAACAAUAAUAAUAUUUUCAUGUAUAUCACAUGGGAAUCAUAUGCCUGUAAUAUAAUUGUUCUGAAUUCGAAACUCCUCACUGUUAAUAAGGGCAACGGUUGAUGGAAAAA